AUGAAUUUUGUUAAUUUUCUGUUUGUUUAUAUAAUAGUUUUAAUUAUUUGGACUUUUUAUAAAAGGUAUUUUUCUAGUUCUGAAUUUCAAGUUAAAAAUAAGCAUGUUUUAAUUACGGGAGGCUCUAGCGGUCUCGGUUUUUCGUUUGCAAAAUUAUGUGUUAAAAAUGGUGCUAAUGUUACAAUCGUUUCUCGUUCUCAGGAAAAACUUGAUGUAGCUGUUAAGCAACUUAGAGGGUUCUCAACAAAAAAGGAUUCUCAGAAGAUUGAAUCGUUUGCCUGCGAUGUAACUUGCGUUAGUGAAGUUGAACAAUUAUUUUGUUCUCUAAUUGUUCCUGUCGAUAUUAUUGUUCUCUGUGCUGGAGCUUCAAAACCAGGAUUUUUCCAUCAGCAAUCUCCAGUUCUCUUUAAAGAUCAAGUGGAAUUAAAUUAUUUAGGAAGUGUUUAUGCAGCCACAUACUGUUUUCAAAAAAUGCUCCGCGAUGGAGUUUGCGGUGCAAAAUUUAUAUUUAUAAGUUCUGCUUGCGGUCUUCUAUCAUUUCCGGGAUACUCUCAAUAUGCAGCUACAAAGUUUGCUUUAAGAGGAUUUUGUGAUGCUUUUAGAGGAGAACUAUUGCUAUUUCAGUAUACAAGCCACAUCUUCUUUGCAUCUAGUAUAGAUUCUCCGGGAUUUGCAGAAGAGCAGAAGUUAAAACCGGAACUUACUAAGAAAAUUGAAGGCACGUGCGUUCUACAAACUAGUGACCAAGCGGCAGCUUCUUUAUGGACUGGAAUUUCCCGCGGCCAUUACCAGAUCACUAGUGAUUUUGCUGUUGAACUUCUUCGAAUUUCAAACAACUCUACCAAUCCCAGAAAUAAUUUUCUUCUUGAACUUCUGCUUUUGCCUUUUGCUUGUAUUAUGCAACAUCUGUCACCAGCCCAAGGCGUAGCAAAGUGCGAACGGAGACAUAAACAAUUCACUGGCCAUAUGACCCUCUACUCCGCAAAGCCGUCGUCGUUACGGUUAGGCCUAGUUAUCUAUAGUACUAGUAGCUAG